AUGAGCGUAAUCGAAGAUGAUACCUCGACUGUCAACAGCAGUCAGAACAACCUCUCUUUUCAUCUCUCUCAGGAGGAUUCACUCUAUGCACAGGCUGUGGCAGUAAGCCAACUCAAUGAAAAUUACGAUGAUGAUCAGGUCACUGCCCUUACCCAUGCAUGGAUUAAUGAACGAAAUUCACCUGAAUUACUCAAAUACAAACGACGUCUGGUGGAAAGUCUUUUAGACAAACUUCGAGAAAAGAUAGACAAUGUCUUGGACUCUACUACCGUUGACGCUAAAAACAUGUUUGUCUCGGUGGUGUAUGAGACAGAAGUUGAGCGUGUGCGCUAUCUUAUAAAAAGUUACUUGAGAGCACGAUUAUUCAAAAUUGAGAAAUUUGCCCUUCACCUCCUGCGAUUACCGGAUUAUGAAGAUAUCAUGUCACCCCAAGAAAUUGUUUAUGCAAGAAGCUACCAAGAACUAUUAGACGGAAGCAACCAUGAAGCGUUUGUAAGACUGCUGCCACCAUCACAACACAAGCAAGAUGAGAUGAGUGGAGAACUUAGCAUGAUCGUAACACCAAAUCUGGAAGCACCUGUAUUUUGCCGUUUCCUAAAGGAUGGACAGAGGGUUGUGCUGUCCAUGACUGAGAUGGUAGAUUAUGAAAAAGGAGAUAUCGUCCUGCUGCGUUAUAGAUCCGUUAAAGAUUUACUCGAGGAGGGCACAGUUGAAUUGAUUUAA